AACUAAUUGUCUGGGAUCUAUUUCGUCAGUAGGCUCAAUUUACUGAAGGGAGCGGCUUUUUCCGUUGCCUUGGUAGCGGUAAUCGAAGAAUCAGCCACGUUAGCUUUCUAGCACAGUAGAUUUAGAAUGGACGUUAAAGAGCGACAUCUACUGGGUGGUGGAGAGAACAUCGUUGACAUGGUGGACUUGGAAGAGGAGAAUUUUGCAGUUUCAAACUCAUCAGACGCAGAUGCAGCCUUUGAUGCUGUCAUUGGAAGUAUUGAAGAUAUUAUUAUGGAGGAUGAUUUCCAAAACCUUCAACAGAACUUCAUGGAAAAACACUACCUGGAAUUUGAUAACUCAGAGGAAAAUAAACUUGCCUACACACCCAUCUUCAAUGAAUAUAUUGAGUUGCUUGAGAAACACCUUGAGCAACAGCUGAUGGAGAGGAUUCCCGGUUUCAACAUGAACACGUUCACACAUUUACUCAAGCAGCAUAAAGAUGAGGUGUCAGGAGACAUCUUCGACAUGUUGCUUACUUUUACAGACUUCAUGGCCUUUAAGGAAAUGUUCAUUGACUACAGGGCAGAGAGGGAGGGCAGAGGACUGGACCUUAGUCAAGGCCUUGUGGUGAGGUCUCUGAGCUCUACAUCCUCCAAACCGAUCACCUCCAGGUCAACAGCACAACUGAAAUAACUCAUGAAUACAGUUGGUGGUGACACAAGAUGUGUUCAUGUCCCUGCUCAUCAUUCACCGAGGAACUACAUGUUAGCUUAAGACAAAACACAACUUGUGAAAUGGUUAUCAUGUCAGUCUGGUUCCUGCUUUUGUAUUUGAACUGUUUCACGUUUGCAAGGUGAAUUAUAUCAGUCUGCUGGUUUUGGUUAGCAACAUUAAAUCUUUCUCUGUUGAACAUAGACACAGUUAGUUCUCAUGUGGCUCGUUUUAUAGGAUUAAUGAACUGACUUGAGUUUUGUGCCUGUGAUUGUUACAUCAGUAACAUGAAAGUUUGGCCAAAGGUUUAUUUUUUUACGUCAUGCAUUGUUUUUGACCGUCUAAACAGUAGCGUAGUGGUUCAGCCAUUUGCAUUGGUAGAAAGAGGAGCCAUAUACACCAGCCAUACCUUAGAAAUGUUUUUCUUCAUUUGGAUUAUACUACUGGCGCUCCACACCUAUCAGUAUGAAUAGUCUCUCCAAGAAAGAGACCUGUUACAUUCAGUCUUAGGCUGUUUGUUAGUAUGUUCAUAUUUUAAAUGUUUUGAUGAAAUCUAUUUAUGUCAGUAUGUUUGUAUAUUUUAGCUACGUUCUAUUGACUGUUUAUGAAGAUGUUUCAAAUAAAGGCAUUCUUUCUGCAAAA